AACAGUUCGUUAUCUAUGUUGAUAACAAUAUAAUCUCCGUGACUCCUUUUAAUGCUUUUGUUUGACAUUUUAACUUACGUUAAUCGUUGAUCAACAGUCGUUAAUAUCAUCGAGUUAAUAAAAUCGUUAAUGGAUAAUUAAACUUCUCUUAAAGUAAAUCCAUGUAAUUCACCAUAAACGGUUAAAAUGUCUUCUAAAAAGUACUCAAUUCUAUUGCCUACGUAUAAUGAAAAAGAAAACUUGCCAAUUAUAAUUUAUCUCAUUCACAAAUACUUAGAAUAUUGACAAGUAUUAUGAUGAAUACACUAGACAAAUAUUGAGUCAAGAAUCAAGUAAAAUAUACAUUUUAUUUAGUAUUUGUUUUCUACAAAAAUAGACUCUAUACAUAUAAAAACUCGUAAAACAAUGAGUUUACCGUAUUUUACCCCUCCUAAUCAUCACAAUUCAACAUUAUCGGACAUAAAUGAAGUAUAUUAUUCAGACUCUGAAGGGUCAAAAUGUUUAAUUUUGCCACAAAGCAAAACAUUCCUUAAUGAUUCAAAUCUUGAAAAUUUUAAUGAUUUUCAACGCAAAACUUUGGCAACUAGUAGCCCAUUGAACAAUAAAGCUGCUGUUAUUAAAAAAAACUAUAGAUCAUAUAAUUUAAAACAUAAAAAUAUUUUGAAUACUUUAUCAAAUAAAACGAUAAAAACAUUUAAAAAGCAAAACCGUUUUAUUAAAUCAAAUUCUUUACAAUUGUUAAAAAAUAACUCUAUUAUUAACAACAUAAACAAUAAAAAGAAAUAUUCUCUACAAUAUGAUAAAUUACAGCAAUUUAAGGACCACAAAAUUACAAAAAACCCUACCCCUCUGUUGAAACCCCUUUGUUUAUCGAACAAUAACAAUACUUACAACAGUGCGAACAAAAACAAAAUCAUGAACUAUACACAAUUAAAUAGAUUAGAAAAAGCUGAAAAAGAAAAUAAUGACUAUAUUAAUAAUUUGUCUGUUGAAAAUUCAAAACCACCUUGCUGUUUAGAACCUUUAGACUCUCGGAAAAAAAUUUUGAGUUAUGAUAAUGAUUUCGAAGAAGCUUUAAUAAAAAUAUUUGAAAUACCAGAAAAAACUACCGAAGAGGAUUCUAUUAACAUUACAGCUUAUAAUGCUGUACACAGUAUUCUUAUAAAUAACUCUAUCAAUAUAGAUAUAAAUAAAAAAGAGGGAACUUCAGUCAAUACAUUUUCAGGUAAACUGCUUCACAAAAAUUCUCAUGAUUUUAUCAACUUAAAACCAAAAAGCUACACACAUAACACAACAAGUAUUUCUGUACCGCCUAAAGAAGAUCAUAAGAGCUUAAUUUUGAAUGCUAACAAAAGGAAAAUUAAUGAAUUUAAUUAUUCACAAAAAGACGAAGAAUGUAACAAACUGAAUAGUACUGUCAAUGUACAUGGAGUAUUAAAUUCAGAUACAUCAAAUAACAACCAUAGUUUUAAUUAUUGUUCAUCUGAUAUGACAAUGGACACCAUUAAUGAUGUCAACAAUGCUCCAGACACCAAUAUUGGUUUUUUUUCAACCAAGUACAACGAACCAAAUAACUUUUACAUUAAUAAUAAAGACGGAAACAUUUCAAACAAUGUAAAUAUAAUUUUGGACGAAAAAGACUCAACCGAACUAUUACAGCUUAAUUUAGAUUUAAAAAUGUUCGAAGAAAAAAUUGUUCCUUAUUUAAACAGUUUGAAAAGUGAUAUGUUGGGCCUGAUGAUGAACCAUAAGCACAGACCUACAAAAUGCGUAACUAGAGGUUCGUCUAACAUUUAUGAUGUUCUAAGAAGUAACAAACGUUGUAUAUCACUGAAAAAUAUUAACUUAAAUGCUAUGAAUUGUAAGAACCAGUUGGAUCCAAUUGAAGACACUGGUUGUCCAAAAUAUGCCAAAUUAGAAAUGGACAAGUUGAAUUUAUUAAGUACUAAACUUAAAACAAUUGACAACCUUAAAAAACAAUUUAAUUUUUUGUUUGAAAAUAAUCAAUUGAAACAUAAUGACAAUAACCAAAAUAACUCUGGAACAUCAUCAUUAAGCUCAUCUAGUUUAUUACUUUCAAGUACACUUACCGAAAGCUCAAUUAGAGCACCUUCGCAAGUUAGUAGUACUGAAACAAAUGAUUCGUUAAAUCAAAACCGAGACAUCCAUAAAGAAUGUUCUGUUUCACCAAUAAGUAAUGAUAUUGUGAAUUAUAGUAUUUUGUCGUCUAAACCAGAAUUGAAUAAUAGUUCCUUAAAGCAUGUCUCUGAAUCGCCAAUUAAAAAACACUCUUUAUCGCCAGUUGUAGUGAUGGAUACAAAUUGGUCUUACAAUAAUCAAAAAAAUACUUCUUCCAUCAGUGGAAUUAGUAAUUUACAAGAAGUCCCUGAAAGUAAUGAUUUUUUAGUGGACUGUAACAAUGGAAUAAACAAUUGUUAUUGGCUGAGAAGUACUCCUAAACAAACUAGACGUUUUGUUGCGCCUAUCAAAGUCGCUGCAGUUAAAAAAAGAAAUAAUCGCUUAAAAAAUACAAAUGAUAUAUUUGUUUUAAAAGGAAGAGGAAACAGUAAAUCAUUUGUUCGAUAUAAAGCUCAUUCAGUAGUAAAUCCCGAAACAAAAUCUUUUCCAAAAGAGUUAUUAUUUAAAAGCAAAAUCCCCAAACGUAAACAGUCAAACACGAGUAACACUGAAUUAUUCAGACCGUUAAUAAACAAUUGUAAGCCAUGUGCCUGUGGUAUAUUUAAAUCUCAAAUUCCAUCUUGUUGGACCGGAAAACUACACAACUUGAUACACGAAAACUUGUAUAAACUUAACUUCAAACCUCACGAGUCAUUAAAAGUCGUCGAAAGAGUCAGUCAAAAAGAAUUCAGUUAUGAUAUAAUAAAAACUACAAACAUUAGCAGUUCAAGUAACAAAAAUGUCCUUAAGGUAUUAGAGAUUUACGAGGAGUUUAUAAAUUUGGAACUUAACUUUGUAAAAAGCACAGUCGGUGGUAACAGAGAUUUUUACGUGUAUCUGGCCAUACAUCCCAACUCUACUGUUGUUGGGUAUUUAAAAGUAGAGACAUUAAAAAACGCUUGUACGCUGGAUAAGGGUAAACUGACUGAUAAUUUAGUAGUUGUAAAAUUUGGAGUUUCAAAAUUGUGGGUGAUGGUCAGUUAUAGAAGGCUUGGAAUAGCCACUAAACUAUUGCAACGGUUCCAGGAUGAUGAAAAACUGUCAAACGACAGCAUUGCGUUUGCUCAUCAUGGAUCUACUGGGAUAGAAUUCAUCAACAAUUAUUUUUCUAAUAAUUCCAUAUUGGUUUACUGAGUUUUGACUAUUCAUGAAAAUUGUAAUUUUUUUUUAAUUUUUUGUUAUUUUGUACUUAAUGUUUCUUUUUUUCUCUUACUUUGUCAAACUCAAGUAUUAAAUUUUAAUUGCAUAUGUUUUUUAAACAAGUUAGUAUAAUUAAUAA